UCGGGGUGUCUCUCCGUGGGCACGGGGUCCGCGCACCUGCCCGCCCGGUAAUCCCGGAGACAGAAGGGGCGUCCCGGGGUGGGGUGCGUCCGCCGGGUAGCCACUGCGGAGGGCCGGGGCGGCGCGUGUGGCCGCGGCCUCCUGCCUCCGUCGCGGGCCGGCGCGAGGAGGGGGUCGCGGAGCCCGCGCGCCUCUCCGCCUGGGGACUGUCGCGGUGAAUGCGGGCACCGCCGUCGGGACCCGGGGGGUCGCGGAGGUGCCCGGGCGCCGGCCGCUCUCCUAGAGCACCGCCCGUCGGCGCGGUGGCUCGAGCCGUGUUUACACCCGGGUGUCCCUGCGUGGUUCCGCGGGUGCGUGCGUGCAGGUGUGUGUGCGCGUGCGCGCGCGCGCUGGCCCAUCCCAGGGCUCCGGGUACAUCGGCAAGAGGUUCGGGUCAGGAGGAGGAAGGAGAUGGUUCGGAGGGAAGAAGGAAGGCGAGUUGAAAGCAGCAGGAUGUGGUAUGAAGAGUUUAACAAGCCUCUGCGCCGAGAGGAGGUUUGGCGAAAUGAGGGCUAAAAGUAGGCCAGGUCGGCCGGGCCCGGAAGGCCCCUUCUGGGCUGCCCUUCGCUUCCUCCCUCCGCUGGUCGCUGCAACUUCUGAUCCGCCCCCUUGCUCCUGGCCUAGACCACCUGGCGAUGACUCAGGAUGCAGCCAGGGGCCACGACGUGCACGGAGGACCGUAUCCAGCAUGCCCUGGAGCGCUGCCUGCAUGGCCUCAGCCUCAGCCGCUGCUCUACCUCCUGGUCAGCCGGGCUGUGUCUCAACUGCUGGAGCCUGCAGGAGCUGGUCAGCAGGGAUCCGGGCCACUUCCUUAUCCUCCUGGAGCAGAUCUUGCAGAAGACUCGAGAGGUCCAGGAGAAGGGCACCUAUGACCUUCUCGCCCCCCUGGCUCUGCUUUUCUACUCCACUGUUCUCUGCACACCACACUUCCCGCCAGAUUCAGAUCUCCUUCUGAAAGCAGCCAGAACCUACCACCGCUUCCUGACCUGGCCUGUUCCCUACUGCAGUAUCUGCCAGGAGCUGCUCACCUUCAUUGAUGCUGAACUCAAGGCCCCAGGAAUCUCCUACCAACGGCUGGUGAGGGCUGAGCAGGGCCUGUCCAUCAGGAGUCACCGCAGUUCUACCGUCACCGUGCUGUUGUUGAACCCGGUGGAGGUUCAGGCCGAGUUCCUCGCCGUGGCCAAUAGGCUGAGUGCACCCGGCCACUCGCCCCACAGCGCCUACACCACGCUGCUCCUUCACGCCUUCCAGGCCACCUUCGGGGCCCACUGCGACCUCCCAGGCCUGCACUGCAGGCUGCAGUCCAAGAGCCUGGCCGAGCUGGAAGACAUCUUCACGGAGACCGCGGAGGCACAGGAGCUGGCGUCCAGCAUCGGGGACGCGGCCGAGGCCCGGCAGUGGCUCAGGACCAAGCUGCAGGCGGUGGGAGAGAAAGCCGGCUUCCCUGGUGUCUUAGACACGGCCAAACCCGGCAAACUCUGCACCAUCCCCAUCCCGGUGGCCAGGUGCCACACCUACAACUGGAACCAGGACAGCUUCGACGUCCUGCAGGAAAUCCUGCUCCAAGAACAGGAGCUGCUCCAGCCAGGGAUCCUGGGGGACGAGGAGGAGGAAGAGGAGGAGGAGGACGACGACGACGACUUGGAGACGGAAGGGCGUUGUGCCCAGAGGGACUCCCUGCUCUCCACCAGCUCCGCGGUCUUCCACGACUCCACCCUGUCCCUUGCCUCGCCCCAGGCCUCAGGGCCCACCCUGUCCCGCCAGCUGCUGACCUCCUUCGUGUCAGGCCUCUCGGACGGCGUGGACAGCGGCUACGUGGAGGACAGCGAGGACAGCUCCUCCUCAGAGUGGCCCAAGAGGCCUGGCGGCCAGGGGCGCCGGCUCCACCGCCGGCCGGGGCAGAAGUUCAACAGGAUCUGUAAACUGUUCAAGAGCACGAGCCAGCUGGUGCUGCGGCGGGACUCCCGGGGCGCGGAGGGCGGCGCGGACGCAGCCCUGCCCCUGCGACGGGCGGGGAGCCUCUGCGGCCCCCUGGACGGCGCGGCCCCGCCGCCGGCCUCCCGGCCCCAGCGCUCCCGCUCUCUGCCGCAGCCCAAGCUCAGCGCCCAGCUGCCCAGCUGGCUCCUGGCCCCCGCCUCCCGCCACCAGCGCCGGCGCCCCUUCCUGAGCGGGGAUGAGGACCCCAAGGCGUCCACGCUCCGCGUCGUGGUCUUCGGCUCCGAUCGGAUUUCGGGGAAGGUGGCUCGGGCCUACAGCAAUCUGCGGCGGCUGGAGAACAACCGCCCCCUCCUCACGCGGUUGUUCAAACUCCAAUUCUUCUACGUGCCCGUCAAGCGGGGCUCCGGCGCCUGCCCCAGCCCUGCGAGCCAGACGCCCCCACUCCCCGCGGACUCCCCCAGGCAACCCAGCCCUGCAGAGCUGGAGAGCACCAAUGAUAUCUCCCACUACCUCGGCAUGCUCGACCCCUGGUACGAGCGCAACGUGCUGGGUCUCAUGCACCUGCCGCCGGAGGUCCUGUGCCAGCAGUCUCUGAAGGCUGAAUCUCGGCCCCUGGACGGCUCCUCUGCCCAGCUGCCCAUCCUGGCGGACAUGCUGCUCUACUACUGCCGUUUCGCCGCCCGGCCCGUGUUGCUGCAGGUCUAUCAGACGGAGCUGACCUUCGUCACCGGGGAGAAGAUGACAGAGAUCUUCCUCCACUCCCUGGAGCUGGGUCACUCUGCCGCCACACGUGCCAUCAAGGCUUCCGGUCCUGGCAGCAAGCGCCUGGGCAUCGAUGGUGACCGGGAGGCCAUCCCUCUAACACUACAGAUUAUUUACAGCAAGGGGGCCAUCAGUGGCCGAAGCCGCUGGAGCAGCAUGGAGAAGGUGUGCACGUCCGUGAACCUCAGCAAGGCCUGCCGGAAGCCGGAGGAGCUAGACUCCAGCAUGGAGGCCCUGACGCUAAACCUGACCGAAGUGGUGAAGAGGCAGAACCCCAAGUCCAAGAAGGGCUUCAACCAGAUCAGCACGUCACAGAUGAAAGUGGACAAGAUUCAGAUCAUCGGCUCCAACGGCUGCUCCUUCGCGGUGUGUCUGGACCAGGACGAGAGGAAGAUCGUGCAGAGUGUGGUCCGGUGUGAGGUCUCGCCCUGCUACAAGCCGGAGAAGAGCGGCCUCCGCCCCCAACCCCAGAGGACCCCCGACCAGCCGGCCCAGGCCGUGCCCGACCUCUGCUCCCUCCUCUGCCUGCCAAUCAUGACGUUCAGCGGAGCUCUGCCUUAGUGGGGCCCUCACCAGCGGGCGGGGAAGCCUCCUCGGAGCCCCUCCCCACACAAGGGGGGCGGCCGUGAGGGUCUCGCUCCCUGUGGGGAACUGAACGGCCCUCUGUUGCAUUGGGUCCUGCUGUGGGUCCCUGCGGCUGGCAGGGGCUUGGCGGUUUCUGGGUCCUCGGGGCUCUGUUUAGGAAGGACACAGGGAUGAGGGAGGGCGCGGCUGGCCACGCAGCCCCUCAGAUCCCUCACGUAGACAGGAGAGGGAUGGAGGGGCUGACCUCCAAAGGCACCGGCCACUAGUGUGGUCUGGGAUCCUUUCUAGAAAGAUCUGAGCUCUGGUGCUCUGGGGUGUGGCUUAGGCCUCCUCUCCCAACGUUGUCCAGGCCCCCCCCUCACUUUGUCAAAGACUUGGGGAAGCCUUUAUAUCUGUGGUUCAGAGUCCCCUCUACUAUGCAGUUCAGGUGGGAGAAACAAGGAUAAGAAUUUUUUUCCAGACCUUCAGUACCCCACCCCCACUUCUCUCUCUCUCUCACACACACACACGCACACACACGCACGCAAAUUCCCGGGUAUUCUGAAAAACAGCACUAAUCCUUUACCUGCCUGCUGUCAGGACAUAGAAGACAUUCUCUUGCGAGCCCCUUUCUGGGUCUGAGAGCUGGGGGGACAGGACAGGCACAGAUUCAGGAGCAGCUCGAUUACCUUCUAGCUGAAUGACCCGAAGGAAGUUAAUUAGCCUCUUCCAGCCUCCACCUCCUCGGCUCUACGACCUUCGACCUUCGGGGGUUGAAAAGAAAUUGUCCGCAAGGUGCCUGGCCCGUGGCUGGCUCAUGGCCAGUGCUCAGGAAAGAUUAGCAGCCUCACCCUUAGGCGCUGACUCCCCUUGUGUGGUGCUGGGACACUCUCACGGCCCCUGGGACAGUCCUCAUUCACGCCUUUCCGAUUCAUCAUUGAAGCAGGACCAAGACUAGGAGGUGGGGAGGGGUCAGUUUUACCCUCCGAAGGAGGAACGACCUUGACCGGGACAAGAGGAGGGUGGCACGGGAGUCCCCAGCCUUUGCCGACUUCUCUCCCAGAUGGGACCCCGUGACCCCCGCUCCCGUGUCACUCCUCAGGCUGGUGCACAUUAUGUGCGGAGCCUUGCAGCCCAGAAGGUUCACGGGCACCGUUCUGGUGCCUGGGCGAGAUCCCAGAGCGGGUAGAUCAAGAGCCUGGCUUUGCGGGGCUUCGUGCCUGGCUGGGGGCAGGGCGGCGGUGGGGGGGGGGGGGUGGCGGAACUCGAGAGCCAAAAAUGUUAAAGCCGCCAGGUGGGAGCGGUUUGGAAGGAAGCAAGUGCGCACUAGGGUCGUGGGGUGGAGGGCAGGGCUGAGGACCGGGAUUUGGACGCUGGGGGUGGAGGAAGGUGACUGUAUCCCGCCCAGAGCCCCUCCGUUGCUUCCUCCUGCUUCACCCACUCCAAAGCUGGUGGGCUUGCGGGAGCCCCUGAAACGCCAGCCAAGACAGCCUGAUGGAAGUGAACAGAGCUGUCCCCCCCGCCCCCGCCACCUGCCCCCAACCAGCCACCUGUCCACGUUCCAGGCUCCAGAGAGUAGCCGACCGUAUACCCUUGAUAGUUUGUUGUUGCAUGAACAAGUUCUACUACAGGAUAAACAGAUAUCCAAGAAUGAAAACGGUUUAAUAUUAUUUUCGAAUAAAACUUGGUUAGUCUUGUA